AAAAGUGCAAAAGUACAGCGCAGGAGGUGCGGCACAACAUAACAACAUUGGAAGUUUGUGCUGGCUGUGCUUUCGUGUUUACUGUUUUUUUUUCCUCAAUAAUUAUACGCUCUAGUCAAGAAUGCAGGACUCCGAAUAGAAGUGAUAAACGACUGCGCUUCGAUAGAUUAGGGGGGACCAGUUGUAGGAUUUCAAUAAAUUUUAAACUUUUAACUUAAAGAACGUAGACGCAGAGAUACGCGCUUUGUCACGUAGAUUGCCGCUCAGUUAUAUUCCAUUAUUUUUCUUGCGUAUGUGAACAAUUGGUAUUCAAAGGGAGCUAAAAACAAUAACAAAAAUUAGGCUUCAGAUCACUUCAGAUGUUGCUGGCUAAUUUAACAUUAUGACAGUCAUCUGAAUUGAAAGUGCUGACGAAGACCUUUUUCAAUAAUUCUGUAAACCCGUUUAGGCUGAACGAGAAGAUUGAAAUGAAAUUUAUUGGUUCGCUGUAGGAAAGCAAACCAAACCUCGACAGAUUGUGAAAUUAAUGAGCAUUUUCUGACGUCCGACAAAUCUACAAUCAAAUUGUUAUACAUUCCGUUACGGCUACGAAUUUCGCGGGACUGGCUUAUCAAUUUGAUUGUAACACAAGUCGCUUGAUGCCAAGAAUCAAAGAUGAAUUUAUUGAAAAUAAGUUUCAUAGGUUUCGUGUCUAUUUUAAUCUUUGUUAGUGUCGUAAGCAGCGACGAGGUUGCGGAAAAACUUGCGGCGCAAACGGUGCCUGAGGAUGCUGACAAUCAAGAAGAAAAUAAGCAGCUUCACGCGGACGAGAGGAACGAGUCCGCGGAAGUAAACGCUGACGUCGCGGUAAACGCCACCGAUAUCUCGGCUGCUGAAGUUAAUCGCUCGUCGGAGAGGGGCGAUAGUGCCGGAAGUAGCGACGAGGUUUCGGAGGAACACGCGGCGGAAGCAGAACCUAAGGACGCCGACGAUCGAGAAGAGAGCAACGAGGCUCACGCGGACGAAAAGAGCGAGUCCGCGGAGGUGAACGCUGACGGCGCGGUGAAUGCCACCGAUGUCUCGGCCAAUACUACCAAGGUCAAUUGCUCGUCGGAGAAGAUCCACGGCCCCGUUGAGCUCGUCAACGCGACGAGGCUCAUGGAGCUACUGAUCCUGGAGCCCGGCCCGUCGAACCGCACCAGAAACGCGAAGAACAGUAGACGGCUACCGGGUACGUGCGUCCUGGUGUUGUUUUACGCCAGGUGGUGCGUGUUCAGCAGUCAAGCCGCGCCGCACUUCAACGCCAUACCUCGUUCGUUUCCCCAUAUCAAGGCCGUGGCGAUCGACGCGAUAAAGCACCAAAGCUUCAAUGCCCAGUACGGGAUAGUCGGGGUGCCGACGCUGAUGCUGGUCCACAACGGCAAGCCCGUCGCCAAGUUCAACGACACGAUUUACACCCUCGAGUCGUUCGCCAAGUUCGUGUCCCAUCGGACGAAUCUGCAGCCGAACGGCUCGCUGUACGUCACGUCGGCGGACUUCACCGGGCCGGUCUCGAGCACGCCGUCCAACGAGAUGGACUACUGCCUGGUGCUGUCGUGGGUCUUCAUAGUCGCCUGCGUGCUGUACUUCACGUCGCGCAGCAGGUGGUGGCAGCAGUUCGUCGAGCUCAUUCAGAACACCUGGCUCGAGAGUAACGCCGAGCACGAGCACGUCGAUUAGGAGAAAAAAAAUAGACGAUUAACUAUUUAUUCAUCGAGGUUUUUGUAAACAUGUAAAUAGAAGGGGAAAAAUAAAUACGUGUAAAUAUAACGAGUAGGAGAAAUCCAGAAUAAUUAAA